AUGGCAGUCUUCAACCUUAAGGAAACAGACAGAGAUGAGGUCAGUCAGUACCAGACCGGACGCUACAUCAGAAGCAACGAAGCAGUGCGGAGAAUCCUUGGCUUCCCCAUACAUGAACGCCACCCAGCCAUUGAACAUCUUGCAGUUUAUCUGGAGAAUGGACAGAGAGUUUACUUCACAGAACGGAAUGCUGCACAGAUGGCACAAGAGCCACCUAAAGACACAACACUCACAGCCUUUUUCAAGCUCUGUCAUGAAGGUGAAUUUGCACGCAAUCUCUUUUACUGGCAAGUACCACGCUACUAUACCUGGAAUUCCAGUGGCCGGAGGUGGCAAAGGCGAAAAGCAGGUAAAGAGGUCGAGGAUCAUCCAGGCAUCAAGUCUUCUGACGUUCUAGGAAGGGUAUACAGCAUCCAUCCAAACCAGUUUGAGUGCUUUUUCUUGCGCAUGCUUCUCUUCGAGAUCAAGGGUCCGCAGUCAUUUCAAGAUCUCCUCACUGUUGCUGGCAAUAUUUGUCCUACUUACAGAGAAGCUUGCAAGAGGAGAGAAUUGCUGGAAGAUGACGCUCACUGGGACAUGACUCUCCGAGAGGCGUCGGGUUCUCAGGUACCAUGCCAGCUCCGAAGGUAUUUGCGAUCAUGCUUCACAACUGUGACCUUUCUUCCCCUCCAACACUGUGGAUGA